AUGGCUGCAACAAACAUUGCUAUCCUACAUAACAAGGCAUGGGAUUGGCCACUUCAGGCAAAUGAUGAGUUUGUAAAAGUUAUUGAAGACUCUGAACAUUUUGAAGUUGGCUUGGAUGCGAAAUAUUUUACUCCAAAGGAAAUACAAGUGAGAACAAUGGGAGAUUUGAUCCAGAUUAAGAUGGAACACGAAGGACGCGGUGAUGAUAUGACUAGUAGGAGCAUUAUGAGAUUACUUUCCUUACAUUUGCUCAGGUGCUAUAAACUACCCGAAGGUGCCGAUGCAAAGACAUUGAAGAGCAACCUUGAUGACAAUGGAGUUCUCCAUAUAUCCGCGAUGAAAACACAAUAA